AUGUCAUCGACGCGCGCGCUUCUCGCGCCGACGGCUGCCCCGACCGCCGCCCGGCGCGCGGUGACGGCGGCGCGCGCUUCUCGCGCCGAAAAGUCGGCGGCGUCGGCGUUUAAUCGUCACCGCCGACGUCGACCCCCCGUCGCGCCCACCCGCGCUGCCGCCGGCAAAGACGCGUCGGCAUCCUCCUCUUCGUCCUCCUCAUCCUCCCCCGAGGAGCGUGACGACGGCGGCGUCGGCGAGUUUCGCGAGUUCCCGAGGGACGAGCAAGGCCGCGUGCUCGACAUGGACGGCAACGUCGUCGUCUCCCCGGAGAACAACUGGGUCCGCGAGAUGGAGCGCGAGUGGGCGGCGACCGGAUACGACGACAGGUUCUUCGACGACGACUGGGACGACGUCAAACCCGGGCCCAAACCCCCGCCCAAGGAGAAGUACCCGUUCAAGGACAUCGAAGACGAGGAGUGGAGGGAGACGGUGACGUGGGAGGAUGAGGCGGCGGACGGCACGAUCUCGGAAUCGGAGGCGGCCGCGGGCCGCCGCGCCGCCGCUCGUACCGCGUCUUCCAGCGACGCUUCCGCCGACCCUCGCCUCGACCCCGGCCCGGGGUUCACGCCGCCGGUGAUGGACCUGACGUACGACGAGGAGGCGGCGAUGCUCGGUUUCGACGCUCGCGGCGGCGGCGGCGGCGGCGGGGAUGAGAUUUACGAGGAACCCGAGGGGCCCCCCGCGGUGCUCCUCGCGGGUUUUCGAGCCGAGGAGAUCCCGCGGGUGCGCGAGUUGCUCGACGAGCUCGGCGGCCACGACGUGCCCGUCGCGCCCGUUCCGCAGGAGUACCUGCGCCGGCCCUUGUACGCGGCGUUGCAGAUCCGCGAACCCGACUGGGAGUCGCCCCGGGCGCACGAGCGAUUUAACCAAGGAGGCGAGUUUGGAUCGCAGCGAUGCGUCGUGUUCAGCGGGCUGGACCGAGGCGAGAUGGCCACCGUCGUGAGCGCGAUCGAAUCCCGGGGUUUGCCGAGGCUCAUAACCGUCGUGGUGACGUCGGAAAACGUGGAACAAAGCCUGGGCGAGGCGUUGGCGACCGCGGUGAAGGAGAGUCGCGCGGAGGCCAAAAGAGCGGAUGAGCACAGGCGCAAGGACUACGUCGCCGAGCUGAAAAAGCUGGAGCUAAAGGCGGCGAAGGAGGGCCUGAGCGUGGAGCAGAUGGUCCGCCGGGAGAUCGAGCGGCAGGACGCGCUCGAGGCGGACGAGGCGGCGAGGGACGCGGCGAGGGACGAGAACGUCACGAGGGCGGAGGCGCGCAUGCGAGAGCUUCGCGAGGAGUACGCGAAAAAGGAGCUCGAGCGGCGCGAAGCCGCCGCGGUGGCGGGGGGAACGAAGCACGAUCCAACCGGACACGUCCCGAACGUCCCGGACUGGCCCACCGCCGCGGACACCGUGGACGUGGACGACGAAGGCGACCGUUACGACGGUUACGACGACCUCGGCGUCGACCCGGCGCGGCUCGCGGACGCGAUGGCGGAGACUGCGGCGGAGGCGGCUGACGCCGCAGACGCCGUCGAGGCGGCGGCGCGGGAGAGGAGACACGAGCGGAGCGUGGACGCCCUCGCGAGCGCCGUGGGCGUCAACGUCGUCGGCGGAUCCCUGCAUGGAUCCGCCGAGGACGGGGACUUGGACGGGGACUUGGACGAGGACGACGGGUGCUACGAGGUGGACCCGACUCGGUGGGCGGAGCGCGUGGACGAGUCCUACCGUUCGUCGCCGGCGCCCGUGUCGCCUGCAGAUGCGCCGCCGACGUCGGCGAUCGAGGAGCCCGCGAGCGCGGAGGCGAACCCGAUGGCGAGGAGUCGUAACGGUCGUAACGGUCAAGCUUCGGAGCGGGCGUCGACGGAAACGUUCGCGGGGAAAAAUCCGAGCGCCCCGCCGCGGGAAAAAGUGGAGACGGUGGAGGGGCAGGUGAUGACGAAGAAGAUGCUGAGGGAGCUCGCGGCGAGGCGCGGGUUGAGCUACACGGACAUGCUGGCGCAGGCGCGCGCGUCGGGGGUGGACCUCCCGGACGAGUGA